GGGGGACAGCAGGAGCCGGCCUGGCCACGACGAGCCAGGGCCUGAUCGCUUGUUCCAGGGGGGAGCUCCCCUAUAUACCGCUCCCUCCCGCCCGUCCGCUUUGGGGUGAUUUCCCUAUAAAAAGGCCCGCGGUAGAGGUGCGUUUCUGGGCUGCAAAUUUCCUGCUGAUCUGCUGCUGGAAAACAAAAGGAUUUUGCGGAAUAGAAACCAACAGGCAGGGAAUUAAUACCCUUCCCCCUCCAUUUUUCUAAACGAAUUCACCCCCAAAUGAAGGCAAAACACUGGGGCGAUUUUUGCGGGAUUGUGUAUUUCGUUUUUUAACGAAAGCGGGAGAAGUCACCGUCGGGAUUAUUUCGGUUUUAACGAAAGACAAAAAACAUUUUUUCAUGAUUUCGUGGCGGCGGGGGGAAACGUCCUCGCCUUCCUGUUGGUACGCUGCCGGGAGCGGGCUCACCCCUCCGGUCACCCAGCCCCGGCCAUCGCGGCACCUCGGCCGGGAGAUCUGCCAGUAACCGGCCCCGUUAGGAAUUAUAUUUGCCCGUUUAGGAAUUAAAUUUUCCAGACGGGCGUGGAAGAAGCCGCCGCUGUCGCUCUUUACGAGCACAUCGGGAGAAAAACAACUCCGUCUGGGAUUUCCUCCCGGGGAGACCGGGCUUGGAACGUGUCAAAACCCCCCACUGAAUUCGCUGCAGAUAGAGGGAUUAUUUUUAAUCUUUUUUUUGGGGUUGUUGUUGUUGAUUUCUUUUUUCCACGCCAGGCCGUGGCCGCCGCGCCUGGUGGCCCCGUGUGCGAGGCGGUGGCUCACGGCUGCGCAGCGCAAGGGGGACACUGGGGGUGGCCGCUGUCCCCGCUAAACAGGGGCCGCUCCGGGGUGUCGUCCCCUUCUUCCCUCUCCGCUGGACCCCUCUGAUCUCUGGCAAUCCGGGCCCACAAGAUCCACCCUCUUCUCUUCUUGUCCCCCCCUUCUCUUCCUCCCAGGAUUUAGCAGUUUUAUCCCGAUGCGGGUGUCCUUCCUCUCUGUAAAGUCGUAAGUACCUUGAGGUGGGAGGAGUAAAUUCAGCCUGACACUGAGAGCGCUUUUGUUGAAACAGGAGAGACUUGCGGUGUCCCUACUUAAAUAUGACACAUGACGAUGGACAGGCCUCCCGCCCCGCCACCCCCCAGUGACCCCCGCGAUGCCCGCCCUCCCCGGCGGCACGACUCGGAAACGGAGACCACGAGCGAGCAGGAGAGCAGCCGUGGGGGCAUGGAGGCGCCGGCCGACCCCCAGCUGCUGCUCAACGGGGCGUCCAAGGAGGCGGGCCGGCCCUCCCCCGGGCCCCCCGCCGCCCCCGUGCCCGUGCCUGUCAUCGAGCUGGUGCGCCGGGGGGGCUCUCUGGACAUAAAAAGCCGGGAAGCGGCAGGGGAGGCGAUGCAGAGAGCGCCGGGCGCCGAGCCGUGCCGUGCAGCCGAGGCCGCCUGCGAGGCCCGCAUGGUGCAGCUGAGUCCCCCCGCGCUCCCGUUGCAGACCCCCGGCAGGGCCAUGCUCUACAACCUGGGCCAGCCGCUUGCCGCCAUCAACAGCGGCUUUUUCGGUGAACCGGACUCCUUCUCUAUGUACGGCAGCAAUCGGGUGAAGAGGAGACCCUCUCCCUACGAGAUGGAGAUCACCGACGGUCCUCACACGAAAGUGGUUCGUCGCAUUUUCACCAACAGCCGGGAGAGGUGGAGACAGCAGAACGUCAACGGAGCCUUUGCAGAGCUUCGCAAGCUCAUCCCCACUCACCCACCCGACAAAAAACUGAGCAAGAAUGAGAUUUUGCGCCUGGCUAUGAAAUACAUCAACUUCCUUGCCAAGCUGCUCAACGACCAGGAAGAAGAAGGAAACCAAAGGGGCAAAGCAAACAAAGACUCUGGGAUAGUCCAGGAAGACCUCCUGCAGGACAUGUUGUCACCUAACUCUAGCUGUGGAAGUUCUUUAGAUGGAGCAGCAAGUCCAGACAGCUUCACAGAAGAGCACGAAAGCCUAGAUUCGAAGCACACGCGGAGCCUCCACCAUGCCAUUCUCCCUGUAGAAGGCAAUGCGCAGCGGUGAUGACCUGCAUCGCUCCCGAAGUAUUAAGUGGGGAGGUGAGACCUGAGCGUACAGAUGCUGGAACUUGUGCCCGUGGGAUUUGUGAUUCUGCCUUUCCCCAGGAGCUCGGGCUCCCUGUCCUCCCCAGCCCGGGAUGGAGCGGCUGGAGUGUCGGCCAAGGACAAGACCAAACCUGAUGGACAUUUGGUAUUUAGGUACGUGAUCGUACAAAGAAGAAAAGCAUUGAAGUCAUCUUCGUUGUACAUACUGCUCAUGAUGUGAUUCUGGAGAGGGGAAGGAGAGGUGGCCAGCAUCUCUCCAGAGGAUUUUCAGAUCGUUUGACAACUUCAAUCGCUUGGUUGAGGCAUUGAACUCCUCUUUCACUGCUGACAGAGGCCACAGAUGUUUUCCAGCUCUGUGUGGCACUGGAGACUGCUGAAACCUGCAGUGCUGCAGCAUUUCUACAGCCUGUGGCAGGAGCUGGGGCCACAUGUUCCUGUUGUCCCAGAAUUUUUGACUGUAUCUUUUUAACGAGGUGAAAAAAUACCUUCAGCAAAAGAACUAUUAAAAGGAUUAAGACUAUUUCCUCUUCUCUCCUUUUCUUUUCUUCUUCCUCUUUUUUUAUCCCUUUCUUUCCCUUCUAUCUAACUUUGCAUCAUUUGGGGUUGUUGUAUUUAUGAUGUGGGAUUACUUCUGUUCAACACUGUCAUGCAGUAUCCACUGAACAAAAAGGUACAUAGGUGUUUUCUGCUGCCCUCCCAGUCCCUGAUUCUUCUGCAGGUAACACUCCCUGGGUGAGCUCCAAACCUGUUGUGGUCUCCUAGAGUUUUUCCAGCAGUGUCUGUAGGGCUGGAGCUUCUCUCAAGGAAGAUGAAUUUCAGAAUUGGUAAGGGAAAAAAAAAUUUACUAGUGAAGCAUCCCUUUGGACUGGAUGAUUUUUCAAUUCCAAAAGCAACAAAAAAGCAAAAGGAGUUGAUGAUGCAUCAACAGUGUGUGUGUGUACAUAGGGUUAUAAAAAAGGUUUUAAUGGUAUGCUUUGAAUUUUUUGGUUUUAUUGUGUGAAAAUGGUGGUGGUUCAGAUGUGCCAGUGCCAGAAGGCUGGACUACAGGGCUGGAUGUAAUCCAGGGUUAGGAGAGUCCUUGUCUGCUUGGGGCUGGUAGGAGCCCACAACCUCUCCAAAUCUUCUGGGGAGGCGCUAAAAGCAGUGGUGAGAUUAGCCUCUGUUCCUGAGUGCUCAGAUUGGUGCAAAAUUCGAUAAUCUACCACUAAGAUGAUCCUCUGAUCCCUGCUGCCCCCAAAGGAGGGCAUUUGGAAAACAGGACUGGGUAGCAGGAGGCUGCUGCUGCAAUAGCUGGGAGCUGAUGACCACGUCAUGCCGUCAUUGCUGCACCAGGCCCAUCUCUCACCCCAACACCUGAGGCCUGAUGGAGCAGUUUCCCCAAGCUCAUCGUCUCCCUCUGCAGAGAUGUCAAGGCUCAGAAAUCUUUGCCAUUCUACAAUAAAAAAACCCCAAUACCCACAAACAUCCUUUGGAAGGGAAAAAGUCCUUUGAGCAGGGACAUUUCCACUGCUCUUGUUCUCUUUCAGGGGUGCCGAGGUACAAGGAAUCCAAGAGGAUUUUGGCAGGUGGUCUGCAAGCCCCUCCUGGCUUAAUUCAGAGCCCUGCCAUUUCCAUUCCCACUUGUUUUAAUGCCUCUUUGUAAAUAAUAAGUGGAAGGCUGGCACAUGGGUUGGCACAUUAGGUGGAAUUAGUUGCCUGGGAGGGGGUCCUGGCCCAAGUGAGGGUUUCUAGCAUAGAUCCCAAAUACUUCUAAAGCAUCAGCUGUCCCUAUCUUAAAUUGGGGAAGAGGACAAAAAGUCCUUCCUGGGUCUGGAUCACCUCUUCUUGGGAGUUUUUACAAAGAGGGAUUCCCCCCAGGGCUGACCAGGGGAGAGGUGCCAGCAGGUGAUGGUGCAAUGCUGAGGAAGAGGUUUGGGCUGCUCCAAGUGCCAGGGGUAGGAGAGGUAGGUGGUGGGGGCUGACAGGUAGGAGCCCUCUGGGAAAUGAGGGUGAUGCUGUCACACAGGUAAAGCCAUUCUUGGUUUUCAGCACUUGAAAUAAGCCCGGGCUGCGGUGGGUAAGGGUUCUACACCCUUUGUAUUAAACUAUUGCAAGAAAAAAAGUAAAUCACUGGCACUCAGAAAUUCUUUAUUCCCCACAAUGUCAUUCUAAAAAAUCUUUUUGGUAUCUGAACAGUUGGCAAAAUGGUACAACCUCGGUGGCACCCCCUAAAGCCCCCCAUGUACAGACGUGCCUGCUCGUAGCACUCAGCUGAGUGUGCUGUAGGUAUCUGGGGGUAUGUACAGUUGUACUUCAAUUGUGAUUUGAAUGGUACAUGUCCUCUGCCCACCUCUCCUCUUGCCUGCUUCAUCUCUCGCUGUGUGACCCAUUGCCUUCUGUUUUCUGUUGGAAACAGUGCUUUGGGGCAACGUCAUACCGCGUGAGUGAAUUCCUGCCUUACCAUUUUGGGGGUUUUCAGCCCCACCCUUUUCUCUGCCACCCGUCUCUUGGAUUUCUGCAUUUUUUCUGCAGAAAUGAAGUAACCCAGACCUGGUACCCUCAGUCUUGACCCACUGUGGAUGUGCUAUUUAGAAAACACAUUUGUUGUAAUGUGUGUGUAUAUAUAAAUAUAUAUAUAUAAUGAAUAUAUCAAGAAUAUUUCUAAAUAAAGUUUUACAA